AUGGAGCAGAUAGAUUUGACUAUUCCCGAAAACUACACCACACAGACGCUCUUGCUGAUAUGUCAAACGCUGUUUGAUUGUUUGCAUUCGUCCUCAGGUAAGAAUUUCGACCUGGGCACUAUACUACAAAGAACGAAGGAAAAUCCGCUAAUGAAAGAUAGUCCGCACUGGACGCCGUCUGAAAACCAGCUGCUGGCUCUUUACAACAAUCUCAUGCUGGAAAAUGGGCUCAUCGACUCUUCGGACAAGGAUUUGGAGUUUUACAGAAUGAACGAGCCGCUGGUAGUAGAAAUCUGCGAACGACUAUACAACGCUCGCGUGUCCGAAUUGCGAACAGAGAUAGAGGAGAAUAAAGAGAGGUUUGGCCAACUUCUACAAAUUGUGAAAGGAACGAGCUAA